UCCACUUUGCCGGUUUCAGUCUUUCAGCCGCUCCCGGGCCAACAUGGCACACUUUGGAUUCCAGUUCGACUUUUCAGACCCAAGACGCUCUUCCUGUGUGAGCCAUUCACACGUUUUCAUCCUGGGUCUGAUCCUUGCUUAUGACACUUCGUUCUACGUUCAGGCAUUUCCAGUGAAAUGCGAGUCAACGGACAUUUCUCUCAAAUAUCAGCACUGUGGGAUUCACCCAGAUGGAGUCCAUGAUUUAGAUUGUUUUGGUAAAUAUAAUUCAUUUAAAAAUACCUGCGUGUGGAAACCUGGAAACCACGCAUCAGAAAAGACAUACACACUCAUCAUACAGCAACAAAUCAUUUAUCUUCCUUGGAGCAAGAACUAUUGCCAAGCCUACAUGAACAUCACUGACGUCUCUGCAAGAAUCACAAUAUAUACAAAAUUUAACAUGACUGCGGAGGUUUUGGAAAGCGUCGGGUCAACAAAUUGCACAAAAGCAGUUUUCAGAGGAUCACCGAAGAGCUUGUUGCGAUGUGGUCCUCCAGAAAAAGUGUCCUUCAGCCGCCACUCUGGACAACUGCAUGUGAAUGUGAGCUGGCCAACUGAAGAGAAAAAGCUCAUCGAGUAUUACUCUGUGAGAUAUAAACCAGCGGGCAGCAUCUUGUGGAGCGAGUCACCUGUGCAAUCCCUGAAUAGAGAGACCUGUGUGGUGGACAAUCUGAACUCCUCACUACUGUACACUGUACAGAUACAGUGCGUCAACAGUAAUAAAUGCACACAGUGUGUGUGGAGUAAGGCCUACGCUGUCCCAGCAGAGCUGACAUCGCAGCCUGUCAUUGUCAGCCUUCAUGACGCCGACAUUGCUGAGAGAAAAGGCCGCCGGCAGCUAGCUUUAACCUGGAAGUUUCCUGCCGAAGAGCUGCACGACGGCUACUACGUGAGCAUUGGCAAAGCAUCAGGAGAGGAGCCAUGUGAUCGCAUUAGCACCUCUCAGCCUGAGAUCAGACUGAUUCUCUCCUAUUCACCUUAUCAUCUCAACAUCAGCGCUGUCAACAACGCCAGCACCUCCCCAGCAGUGAGCCUGACAAUACCACAGCGAGAAGACGAGCCCGGUGCGGGAGCCGGGAAGCUGAACGUGACAGUUCACAGCAACACGUCUUUUACCAUCUACUGGGAAGACAAUCUCAUCAAAACGUAUGUCUGCUAUUCUGUAGAGUGGAUGAAGAAAGGACAUAAAGCAGAAUAUAUGCCCUUUUAUCAGAAUACAAAAAACUACAGGACCUUAUCUCCUCUACCAGAGCCUUUGGAGCCGUAUAAGAGAUACAGCAUCAUCCUGCACACGCGACCAGACAAGGACACCUGCAACAUGAAGCGUGUGAACAACAGUGAGAGCACCUAUGGGGGCACACAGUUCUACUUCACUGAAGGAGCUCCCGUCAGCGCUCCCACAAACAUCAACAGCUACAACGUGACGCAGGAUUCAGCGGCGCUGCAGUGGGCGGCCAUCCCGGAGGACGACAUCAGAGGUUUCCUACUGGGUUACAUAAUCCACUAUGCUGAGUAUGACCACAGGGAGCCAAGCACGGAAUCAAAUAUUACAGUGGAUCCUGAGUUAAACAGCUACGAACUGACGGAUCUCAAAAGUGGCACGGCAUACAAAGUCCAGAUAUCAGGUUUCACCCAGGCAGGAGCAGGAGUACGAAGCACAGCCAGCCUCUUUAAAACAAACCAUCAAGGAUAUUCUAACCUCAGUGGUGUCAUCACGGUCUUCGCGGUUCUGAUGGCUGUGCUGAUAUUUGGAUCUCCAUUAAUAAAAAGAGCAAAAGUCAUCCUGUGGCCAAGCAUACCGAACCCUGGAAACAGCAACACAAUACAGAAAAUAGAAGGGACCUGUGAACUGGAACUGCUGGAGUCCAUCAACACUCUGAAGGUGGAGGAACGGGAUACAAAUAGUCUGCACAUAGUUGAGGAAGAAGAUGUGAUCCCUGCUAGCAUGUCACCGUCAAUGCCACUGCUUCUACAUGCAUCUGAGGAUAAGGAAGACUCCCCAGAAACGACUUGUCCCUGGGUCCAAACAGACAAUGAGGGCACAGAUGGAGACAUCCCACCCGACGUUACUGCAGAGACAUUCUCAGACAUUCGGCAGACUGACCUCCACACUUCUCCUUUCGCAUUUCAAAGUGGAUACACAACAAUGGAAAUGUUUCAGCAGGCGAUGCCUCAGGGCGUGCCAGCGAACAUGUCAGUUGCUCGGGAGAGCGAACCCGAGGAGGCCGACUGAGCCCACCAGCGGACCAUUGUGAAAUCAGAACUGGACUAUGUGAGGCAGUUCAGUACCAGUCCGAUCCUGGACAACGAGGAUAUAUCCACGAUCUUGUGAAAACAGUUUGGAACGAGGCUGUUGAGCAUGAAGAGUCUGAAUCAAAUGAGCUCUCUCUGGCUGUCCUCAGGCUGCAGAGGUGGACGUUGCUGGUAGUUGUAGAUUAACAGCACGGAUUCUUAAAUAGUCUUAAAUAGCAAUACUACAAAUAGAGUAUUUAGCUCUAUGUUAACCAAAACUACUAUUUAAAUGGACACUAGCACCCCUGUCCUUCAGCAGCUCCACUGGCUCCCCAUCAAAUUUUGCAUUGAUUUCAAAAUCCUCCUGGUAACAUUCAAGCCCAUUCAUAACCUCGCCCCUCUUUACCUGUCAGCUGUCCUCCACGUCCACACCCCCUCUCGCUCCCUCAGAUCUUCCUCUACUAUCAGCUUGUCUGUCCCCUCCACCCGUCUCACCGCAAUGGGGAGCAGAGCAUUCAGCCGCUCUGCUCCCCGGCUCUGGAACUCAUUACCACCCGAAAUCAAAAACAUUGAUUCAUUUUCCCGUUUUAAAUCCACACUCAAAACACACCUGUUCAGACUCGCUUAUCCAACCUGAGGUCAACUGGUCACUCUGAUUUUACACUAAUUUGUUUUAUCAUUUGUUUAUUUUAUUGUAUGUUAUCGUAUUGUUGUUGUUUGAUAUUUCUUGUGAUGUACAGUGUCCUUGAGUGUCCUGAA